AUGUCUAGGUAUCGGUGAGUUAGCAAGCUCAAGAAGUUUAGAAAAACUGAAAACUUGAAUAACCUUUCAGAAACUUAUGUUUUUUUUAGAAUGUCGGUUUCGGCCAAGAAUUUCUACCGUCGACCACUUCCCGAAACAUGCAUCGAUUUUUCAAGUUCUCAAGGAAAACAAAUCUUCACAAAUUCACUUCUAAAAGGAUGUGCUAAUAUAUAUUUCAAACUUGCGUCACAAUUCAGAACUCAAGAUGAACCAGCAUAUUGUGGUUUGAGUACUUUGGUUAUGGUUUUGAAUGCAUUAGAAGUUGAUCCGGAACAAGUUUGGAAAGCGCCUUGGAGAUUUUAUCAUGAAUCAAUGUUGGAUUGUUGUGUACCAUUGGAAAAUGUGAAAAAGUGAGUUGCUAAAAAUCAUAUAAAAAUAAAUUUCGAAUCUUUAGAACCGGAAUCACACUGAAUCAGUUUCAUUGUUUGGCAACUUGUAAUCGAUUGAAAUCUACAUUGAAUAUUGGUGAAGAUUCCGAAGAUUUCUUGCAAAACUUUCGCAAAAUCCUCAUUGAUUCAGUCAAAAGCGAUAACAACGUGAUAGUUGCUAGUUACGACCGCGCAGUACUUGGACAAACUGGAAGUGGCCACUUUUCCCCAUUAGCUGCUUAUGAUCCGGAUUCGGAUCAAGUUUUAAUUAUGGAUGUGGCUAGAUUCAAAUAUCCUCCACAUUGGGUGAAAUUGGAACAUUUGCAUAAGGCAAUGUUAUCGAUUGAUCGAGCAACACGGAAACCUAGAGGAUUUGUACAAUUAGAAUUAAUGAAUGGAACAAGACCGCUAAUUAUGUAUGGAUUGAAAGCAUAUGUAAAUGUUAAUGAUUCAGAUGUAAGCAAAGCUUUUUGAAAGACAAAAUAAGUAUUCAAGUUUUCAGUUUGCUACAUCGGUUAUAUCCUGGAAAGAGUUUCUGCUCUGUGAUCCAUUACCAGACGACGAUGAAGAAUUUCAACUUUGUUGUAGGAAAUUUGGGCAGUGUUUUGCACCACACGCACUUUGCUGUACACAGAAAGACAUCGAGGCUGAUCAGCGGCAGAAAGACUGUGAAUGUGUUCACGAACAAACUGAAGCUUGUCGAACAAUAUGUGCUGAAGUUAGGAGAACUAAAUUUGCCGAAGUUUUCUCGAGCAGCGCAGUUGCUGCUCUUCUGAUCGCAUGGCCUUUUGAACCUCUAUAUUCGGAAAGAAGUAACCGGUUAUCGAAAUUGGCUAGAUUUUAUCGACAGGAAUUCUCCGCUGAUACGAAAAAUGAAAUGGGUAUGAUUUCUAGAGUAAAAAGUUCAAAUCUGAAUAAGAUACCACUUUCAGAACAGCUAACAACUCAAAUCAGUACAUUGAUAACUUGCUCAAAACCACCAGUGAAUUUGAGUUUGAACAAGAGCGACUCAAUUUCACGAUGUUGUCGAAGCAAAACACAUGCAAAUGAGCCGUGUGCUUGUGUCACAGAUGUCAGACUAUAA